UGUGCACACAUACCCGCACAGGUUUGCACUGCACUAUGGUGGUGCAGGCAACCAUGACUCCAAGUAGGAGCCGAAAGCUUCUCUUCAAAAUCCCGUACGGAUCUCUAAGAAGGCACAGUGCAGAAAGGAUGACAGAGGGCCGCCGGUGUCAAGUGCACCUUCUUGAUGAUAGGAAGCUGGAACUCCUCGUACAGCCAAAGCUUUUGGCCAAGGAGCUGCUAGACCUCGUGGCAUCACAUUUCAACCUGAAAGAAAAGGAAUACUUUGGAAUCGCCUUCACAGAUGAGACGGGGCAUCUGAACUGGCUUCAGUUGGACCGCAGAGUGCUAGAACAUGACUUCCCCAAGAAGUCAGGACUGGUUGUACUAUACUUUUGUGUUAGGUUCUACAUUGAAAGUAUAUCCUAUCUCAAGGAUAAUGCUACCAUCGAGUUGUUUUUCUUGAAUGCAAAGUCCUGCAUUUACAAGGAAGCAAAAGGCGAUUUUUCCAGCAAUGAAGUUGUGAGGACUGACUUAAAGAAACUUCCAGCGCUUCCAACACAAGCACUUAAGGAGCACCCAUCUCUCGCCUACUGUGAGGACCGGGUUAUUGAACACUACAAGAAGCUAAAUGGCCAGACGAGAGGGCAAGCCAUUGUUAACUACAUGAGCAUCGUAGAAUCCCUCCCAACGUAUGGAGUCCAUUACUAUGCAGUCAAGGACAAGCAGGGAAUCCCUUGGUGGUUAGGACUUAGCUACAAAGGAAUCUUUCAGUAUGACUACCAUGACAAAGUGAAGCCAAGAAAGAUCUUCCAAUGGAGGCAGCUGGAGAACCUUUACUUCCGAGAGAAGAAGUUUUCCGUGGAAGUGCAUGACCCACGCAGGGCAUCUGUGACAAGAAGGACUUUUGGACACAGUGGCAUUGCCGUGCACACGUGGUAUGCCUGUCCUGCCUUGAUAAAGUCCAUUUGGGCUAUGGCCAUUAGCCAGCACCAAUUCUACCUGGACAGAAAGCAGAGCAAGUCCAAAAUUCAUGCAGCAAGAAGCCUUAGUGAGAUUGCAAUUGACCUGACUGAAACUGGAACUCUAAAGACCUCUAAACUAGCCAACAUGGGGAGCAAAGGAAAGAUUAUUAGCGGCAGCAGUGGAAGCCUUUUGUCAUCAGGUUCCCAAGAAUCAGAUAGCUCUCAGUCUGCCAAAAAAGACAUGCUGGCUGCCUUGAAGUCCAGGCAAGAAGCUCUGGAGGAGACGCUGCGCCAGCGCCUGGAGGAGCUCAAGAAACUCUGCCUCCGAGAAGCGGAGCUUACAGGAAAAUUGCCAAGGGAAUAUCCUCUCGACCCUGGGGAAGAACCCCCAGUUGUGCGAAGAAGGAUAGGUACUUCCUUUAAGCUGGAUGAACAUAAAAUACUGCCUAAAGGAGAGGAGGCUGAGUUGGAACGCUUAGAGAGGGAAUUCGCCAUUCAAUCACAGAUCACUGAAGCUGCUCGCCGCUUAGCCAGCGACCCAAAUGUCAGCAAGAAGCUGAAGAAACAAAGGAAAACCUCCUACCUUAAUGCACUGAAGAAACUUCAGGAGAUUGAAAAUGCUAUCAAUGAAUACCGUAUCAAAUCUGGAAAGAAGCCAACACAGAGAGCCUCCCUGAUCAUAGAUGAUGGGAACGUUGCCAGCGAGGACAGCUCGCUUUCAGAUGCCCUUGUUCUGGAGGAUGAAGAUUCUCAGGUUACCAACACAAUAUCCCCUUUACAGUCACCUCACAAAGGACUUCCUCCACGUCCACCCUUGCAUAAUAGACCACCCCCUCCUCAAUCACUGGAAGGACUUAGGCAGAUGCACUAUCACAGGAAUGACUACGAUAAGUCCCCCAUCAAGCCCAAAAUGUGGAGUGAGUCUUCAUUGGAUGAGCCCUAUGAGAAGGUCAAGAAACGGUCCUCACAUAGCCAUUCUAGCAGUCACAAGCGGUUCCCCAGCACUGGGAGCUGUGCAGAGGGUGGAGGAAGCAACUCUCUACAAAACAGCCCCAUUAGAAAUCUUCCCCAUUGGAACUCCCAGUCAAGCAUGCCAUCAACGCCAGAUCUACGGGUACGCAGUCCACAUUAUGUGCUUUCCACUAGGUCAGUGGACAUCAGCCCUACGAGACUGCAUAGUUUAGCACAGCACUUUAGACACAGAAGUUCCAGUUUAGAAUCCCAAGGGAAGCUCCUUGGGUCAGAGAACGAGACGGGGAGCCCUGAUUUCUACACCCCAAGGACUCGUAGCAGUAACGGCUCUGACCCCAUGGAUGACUGCUCCUCCUGUACCAGCCAUUCCAGCUCUGAGCACUACUACCCGGCUCAGAUGAAUGCAAACUACUCCACGCUGGCUGAGGACUCCCCUUCCAAAGCCCGCGAGCGGCAGAGGCAGCGACACAAGUCGGCAGGGAACCUGGUCUCCUCGAAUUCAGGAAGUAUGCCCAACCUGGCUGCGAGGAACGGCACCGGACACCACGGAGUCUACCUGCACAGCCAGAGCCAGCCUUCAUCCCAGUACCGGAUCAAAGAGUACCCUUUGUACAUUGAAGGGAGCUCCACCCCGGUGGUGGUGCGCAGUCUGGAGAAUGACCAGGAGGGGCAUUACAGCGUCAAAGCACAAUUUAAAACCUCCAACUCAUACACAGCAGGGGGGAUGUUUAAGGAAAACUGGCAUGGGGACGAUGUAGACUCAAUAAGAUUGACCCCUUCGCGUUCCCAGAUCAUAAGGACUCCGUCCCUGGGCAGAGAGGGUCACGAGAAAGGAUCGGGACGGACAGUGGUGUCUGAUGAACUGAGGCUGUGGUACCAGCGGUCCUCAGCUUCCCACAAAGACCACAGCCGCUUGUCACACACAAGCUCCACUUCUUCGGACAGCAGCUCCCAGUACAGCACCUCCUCUCAAAGUACCUUUAUGGUGCACAGCAGGGUAACAAGGGGGCCUCAGAUGUGCAAAGCAACGUCAGCUGCCUUACCUUACAGUCAGAGGAGUUCCACGCCAUCUAGCGAGCUAGCAGCCACGCCCCCAAGCAGCCCACAUCACAUCCUAGCCUGGCAGACAGGAGAUGCAACAGACAGCUCACCCACUAUGGAUGAGUCUCAGUCUCCAACUCAACAAAGUACUGAUGAAUAGAGGAGUUACACUGAUGGCUGUUACCUGGACUCCCCCCUCUAUCCAGAACUAGCCGACGUCCAGUGGUACGGACAGGAGAAAGCCAAGCCUGGGACUCUAGUGUGAUCCCCUUGACCACAGCCAGUUGAACAACAUCCAUGCCAUUCUGAAAAUCACCUUACUGCCUCUCAUUUGCCUUACCCAGAUGAACUGGCCCUGACACCAGCUUCAAGUCAAAGCACGUUUUGUAAAAUGCAAUGGAAAAUCCAUCUCGUCCACCUUGCUGCCGACUGCCACAAGCCCCACAGAGGCUGCGCAGGAACUCAGUGUGGAUCUUCAAGUGGCUGCAUUUGUAAGAACCCAACAAUCAGGCAAUUCACACCUUUCAAGGUUAUAAAUCACAUUGCUCUUUGGCACAUAAUACUAUUCUAACAUGUUUGAUUUAAACUCUAAAAGUCAAAAUACUAGUGAAAGAUGGGGCAACAGAGAUAAAGUAACAAUUACAGAAGAAGAAGAACCGGGUGGGAACAGUGUUAUUGUUUCAGAGAUCGGCCAGAAUAUCGCAACUUGUUUUUAGCUGCCAAAGAUUUUAAGAAUUGUCUUUAUAAAGUAUAUAUAUCUAAAAUUCUGUUUUUCUGAACAAUGACAGCCUAUGCUCUGUAA